AUGCCUCCUCAGUGCCUGAUACCAGACAGGGCUCUUUCGAUUCUCGCUGAAACUCAGUCUUCUGUUCCGACUCAAGAAAUCGAGGACGACCAUGAGGCAGAAGUCGAAUCACUUGUCUCUGGCAUUGACCUUGACGACCGCAUGGAGCAAUCUGCAUCUACUGGGACGCACUACUUACGCGAAGCUAGCUCAGUAUUCAAGAAGCAAAAGCUUGAUCAAACUGUGAUGUCAGACAAUCUCAAGAAGGCGUCAGCAAACGUCGUGGUGGAUAACACACUAAAUGAAUAUCGGCGCCUAUGGGACCAGUUCAAGUCCUUUUGUGCCGAGUUAGGCUUCGUUGACGAUGCUCAGGUGAUGGACAAGUACGCGCAGGAUAUUCCGGAGGGGCUGCCGUCGUGGAUAGCAGUUUGGAUUAUGAACAAGGCGGAUGACCUGGACAUCCAUACCGGCAAGCCGAAGGAUCCCAGCGUUCCCCGUGUUAAGUAUGCGACAGCUCAGAAGAUGCGCGCAGCGAUCAGCCACAAGUUCGGGCGCGACUUCGGGUUCGGUGAACAACCUUGGUCUCAAAAUGCCGCGACUGGGACAUUUUCGGGGAAUCCCUCCCUGUCUGUGGUGGUCUCGCAGUACAUGAUAAGUUUGCAGCGCCGCAAGGUGCGCGCUGGCGAGGAGGUUACAAGUGCGCGCGCAAUCACUCAUGAGACUAUGCGGCAGCUCUGGGAGUUCAAUAUCAAGUAUUCGACUGAUCGCAGGCGCACAACAUCGCGCAAGCGGAAGGCUGAGCAUCCAGAGGACUGGGCGGGUUACCGGGUUCGCCAAAUGUUACAACUCCUCUACAUUGUGUCAAUGCUGUGUUUGCUCCGCUUCGACGAAGCAUUGCGAAUCAUGUGGACAGAUAUCACUAUGUUUGUCAACGAUGACGGCAUUCAUUGUGUGCGGCUUGACCUCCCGUUUCGGAAGACGGCUCAAUAUGGAGGUAUUGCACCAUUCCCCCUCUACCCUAAUCAAGAACAGCCGUGGUUGUGUCCGGUUCGAGCGUUUGCAAAAUGGUGGCAACUGUGCGGGGAGAUGAACAUCGAACGUACGGGAUAUAUCUUCCGCAAGCGCGUUGGACGUGACGGUGUGAGUAUCAAACCGUCUGACAGAAUGUCAAACGACAACUUCGUCCAGUGCUUCCGGAAUAACCUCGUUGACAUUCUGAUCGAUCCUCGGCCUUAUGGGACCCACUCGUUUCGUCGCGGCGGGUGCCAGUAUCUUGCAAUGGUCAAGCGUUGGCCAAUUCGUGACAUCUGCACAUGGGGCGGCUGGGCAGAGAACUUCGACAACCCUAGUACUAUCUUCAAGUAUCUCAUGUCAUGGGUGGAUACUCCUCUCCUCGAGAGGAAGGACUAUUUCAACCCCAAGAGGGCCACAGCUGACACUUGUCAUCAGUGUGGUCGCACCUGCACAUGCGCGUGA